GACACAGUUUUAGUUUCAUUUUUUAAAACCCAUACCGUUUGACAGUAACUACUUUUGAUUUCUUGACGUCAAAAAUGUCACUGAUCGAAGCACUACGAAGGUACUUAUGUCCGACCUGAUUUGUAUAGUGGAGCAAGGACCGAUAAGAGGUCAGAUAGAGAGGGACAUGGACGGCGACCCAUUUUUAAGCUUCCUGGGUAUCCCGUAUGCAAAACCACCACUGGGAAAACUCCGGUUUAAACCGCCUCAACCGGCAGAAAAGUGGCAGGGAAUUCACGACGGUACUAAGGAAGGAAAUCCAUGUUAUUCGUUACAGGUGGACUUUAGAGGCAAAUUACCGAAGUUUAGGCUCAAGGGUUCGGAAAACUGUCUAGUUUUGAACGUUUUCACCCAUCAGCUAUUUAAAAGCGGCACGGAGAAUCUAUGUCCGGUCAUGGUCUUCGUCCACGGCGGUGCUUUCAUGACCGGCUCGUGCUCCCGAACCACCUUCGGACCCGAGAAUUUAAUGACCCAGGAUAUCGUCUUGGUACUAAUGAACUACCGACUGGGAGCUUUGGGUUUCCUCUCCAUAGACGACUCGUCCUUGCAAGCAACGGGCAACGCCGGCCUUAAGGACCAAGUCCUGGCCUUGAAAUGGGUGCAAAAAAACAUCAAACAGUUCUGUGGAGACCCUUCCAACGUUACGCUUUUCGGGCAAAGCUCUGGCUCCGCCUCGGUCCACUACCUGGUCUUAUCGCCACUAACCAAAGGUUUGUUCCACAAAGCGAUCAUGCAAAGUGGUACCGCCACCUGUCCCUGGGCUCGCGGAAGUAACAACCUGGUCGAAAUAGCACGCUCUAGUGGUUGCAACCGAAAGAACAAGCGCGAAAUCCUCGAGUGUUUGCAAAAAAUCAAGGUAAAGCGGCUGAUCAAAGCCCAGAAUAAAAAGUUUGCUAGGAUUUCUGGGCCGGGUGCCCAGGCACAUUUUGGGCCGUGCGUGGAAGUAAGAAACCCAUCCGCUGUGAUCACGCAAGAACCGAUGGUGAUAAUCAAUUCGGGGAAUUACAACCACGUGCCGUUGAUGUUCGGGUAUACCAGUUUGGAAGGGAUUUUGAACACGUGGGGGACACGCUGUCAGGUCAAGAAGAAACUGAGGGAUUUGUUGCCUUAUUCGUUCAACUACGACAAGAAGAGUGCGAAAUUUCGGGAACUGAAUCAGAAGGUUGUUCAGUUUUACUUUGGUAACGAUAAGCCGGACCCUAGAAAGAAGGAAAUUGUUGCUCAGCUCUUCACGGAUGUCACUUUCCUACGGGGUAUUUUCCAGGCCGUCAAAGGUCACGUCAAGACGUGCCAAAAACCGGUUUAUUUGUAUAGGAUGUCGAUUGAAAGCGAACUGAACGCCUUCAAAAAAAUUUUCAAAUAUGAAUCUAAAGGUGUCUGUCACGGCGAUGACGUAUGCUACAUUUUUAAGACAGAACACACAAAAUACAGUGCCAAAAGUUACGAGGAUCGAUCGAUUCGCAGGUUUGUCAAAUUGUGGACCAAUUUCGCAAAAACUGGUAAUCCGAUUCCGUCGAACAACGAUGAAUUAUUGACGACCUACUGGUAUCCCGCCAGUGAAAAGUAUCUUUAUUUUUUGGACAUUGGGGAAGAAUUGAUAGCCGACGUGGAUCCACCAGACAUGAAUAGAUUAAGGUUUUGGGAGGAACUCAGUAAAGGGAUUAAAGAGAAGUACUCUGCGUCUACAAUUCUGAUAUUUCAAAUGAGCCAUCAUCUGGUUUGCACGGUGGAGCAAGGCCAAUUAUUAGGUAAGAUGGAUAGAGACAUGGACGGCAACCCAUUCAUGAGCUUCCUGAGUAUCCCAUAUGCAAAACCACCCCUGUACCAACGUCGGUUCAGGCCGCCCCGACCCCCCAAAAAAUGGCACGGAAUUCAAGAUGCUACUAAGGGACCAAAGCCAUGUUUUUCCUUACAGAUGGAUAUGACCGGCAGGGCAAGUUUUCAGUUUCCACGGAUAAAGCUAGCGGGCUCGGAAAACUGUCUGUUUUUGAACGUUUUCACUCAUAAGCUGUAUAAACAUGGCUCCGAGAAUCUCCGUCCAGUGAUGGUGUUCAUCCACGGUGGCGCUUUCAUAACUGGGUCUAUAUCUAGGACCACUUUCGGACCCGAGUAUCUAAUGACUGAAGACAUCGUGUUGGUACUAAUGAAUUACAGACUCGGAGCUUUGGGUUUCUUAUCCAUUGAUGACCCCUCCUUAGAAGCGACAGGGAACGCGGGAUUGAAAGACCAAGUCCAGGCUUUGAAAUGGGUGCAAAAAAACAUCAAACAGUUCUGCGGGGACCCAUCCAAUGUUACAAUUUUCGGGCAAAGCGCUGGGGCCGUCUCUGUCCACUAUUUGGUUUUAUCGCCACUGACCAAAGGUUUGUUCCACAAAGCGAUCAUGCAAAGUGGUACCGCUACGUGUCCAUGGGGUCGUGGGAAAAACGACCUAGCCGAAAUAGUACGAUCUAGUCAUUGCAAAGAAACUGAAAGUGCGAAAGUACUCGAGUUUUUGCAAAGUAUGACUGUGCGGCGGUUUUUCAAGGCUCAGAGUAAAAACUACCGUUCGGUUAGGGGACCAGGUGCCCAGGCAGUCUUCGGACCGUGUGUAGAAGUGGAAAAUCCUUCAGCUGUGAUCACUGAAGAACCGCUCGAGCUUAUCAAUUCGGGUAAUUACAACCAGGUGCCGUUGAUGUUCGGCUAUACCGACUUGGAAGGUAUUCUGGGCACGUGGGGGUCACGCUGUACCAUUAAGAAGCGACUGCGAGAUCUGUUGCCUUAUUCAUUCAAGUACGACAAGAACAGCGACGAGUUUCGGGAACUCAGUCAAAAAAUCGUCCAGUUUUACUACGGCAAAAAUAAACCGAAUCCUGGGAAACGCGAAAUUUUCGCCCAGCUCUGCUCGGACAUCACUUUUCUUCGGGGUAUUUUCCAGGCUGUCAAAGGUCACGUCAAGACGUGCGAAAAACCCGUUUAUUUGUACAGGAUGUCGCUCGAGACUAAUCUGAACGCCUUCAAAAAAUUCCUAAAAUAUAAAUCUAAAGGUGUCUGUCACGGCGAUGACAUAUUCUAUAUUUUUAAGGCACGAUACACAAAAUACAAACCUAAAAGUUUGGAGGAAACGUCGAUUCGCAGGUUCGUCAAACUGUGGACCAAUUUUGCAAGAAAUAGUAACCCGACUCCUAUGAACAGCGAAAAUUUGCUCAAAACCUACUGGUAUCCAGCUACAGAAAAGUAUCUGCAUUUUCUGGACAUUGGGACAGAAUUAAUAUGCGACAUAGACCCGCCGGAGUUGGAUAGAGUAACGUUCUGGGAGCAAAUCAGCCAAGAAGUUAAUGAAAAUUAUAACUAAUAGAGUUUACAUUUUAU